AUGCCAAAAUCAUCAUCAAGGUCAAGGAGUAGAAGCGCAUCACCUAAAAGGCGACGUAGAAAGGAGAAGGAGAGGAGAAGGAGAUCUAGGUCGAGAAGUAGGUCACCAAGGAGAAGGUGGAGAUACUCAAGAAGUAAGUCGCCAAGUUUAGAUAGAUUUGGAAGAAGCAUUCAUAGAAGAAAUCGUUAUUCAGAAGAUGAUAGCAAGAGGGAAUCAGUUGACAAAAGUGCACAAGAAGAAAUGGAAAGACAAAGGAAAAUACGAGCAUCAGAAAUGCAAGCAAAGUUCAUAGAAGAGGAAACUCAUAGAAGGAUAGAGGAUAUUGUGAACAAGCGUGUGGAAGAGGAGCUAGCCAAAAGAAAAAUUGACAUUGAUGAAGAAGUUAUGAAAAAGGUGGAGGAAGCUAAAAAACAUGUUGAGCAACACCUCCAUAUUGAAUAUGAAAGAAAAGAAGAAGAAAUUCUUGAAAAGUACAAAAUAAAAGAGGAAGAAUACAAAGCUCAAAUUGAAAAGCUGAAAAAAGAUCUAGUAACCGCCGAGAACAAUUUAAAGGAAGCUGAAUUGAAGCUAGCGGAAGAGCGUCUAAAGCUUCUGGAAAAACAAAGACAACUCGAGGAAGAAAAACACGACUUGGAGAAGACUUAUAAAAAAACUGAGAAAGCUGCCCAAGAAAUAAUUCUCAAUAAAAAGAACUCAAGACCAAAGUUAGCUUUCGGUUUGAAGCCAGUUUUCAAAUAG